AUGAAGCACCGUGUUAUCCACCAGUUCAAGAGGGCGCACGUCGUCAGCAACCCUUCAACUGCUCGACUCUCGCUCGCGCUUCCUGUAGGACGAAGAUGUUACUCGACACACCCGCCAAACGCCAGACUAAACCUGCCUGUCGACUACAGUACCACUCCUCUCCUCGCACAUAACUCGCAGACUGCUCUAAGUCACAGGGAGCUUCCUGAAAGCAUCCGCAAUGGGCCGACAAAGAAGAUGAACUUGUUCCAGGCCAUAAACGAUGCCAUGGGGAUUGCUCUAGCGGAAGACGAAUCUGUGGUCAUUUUUGGCGAGGAUGUGGCUUUUGGCGGUGUUUUCAGAUGUACUAUGAACCUUGCCGACACACAUGGUGCUGAGCGUGUGUUUAAUACUCCUCUUACAGAACAGGGUAUCAUGGGCUUCGGUAUCGGUCUUGCUGCGGAAGGAAUGCGACCUAUCGCUGAGAUUCAGUUUGCCGAUUAUGUCUACCCAGCAUUCGAUCAGCUGGUUAACGAAGCAGCCAAGUUCAGAUAUCGCGAUGGAUCUUGUGGCCGCAGCGUUGGUGGUUUGACAGUACGAAUGCCCUGUGGUGGUGUCGGUCAUGGAGGCCUCUACCAUUCACAAUCUCCUGAGAGCUUGUUCACACAUAUCCCCGGACUGAAGGUCAUCAUGCCAAGGUCACCGGCACAAGCCAAAGGUCUCCUGCUGGCAGCAAUCCGCAGUAAUGACCCUUGCAUCUUCAUGGAGCCCAAGAUUCUCUACCGCGCUGCUGUUGAGCAGGUUCCUACAGGAUCGUACGAACUCCCAUUAUCCAAGGCCGAGAUUCUGAAGGAAGGCAAAGACGUCACGAUUGUCUCCUACGGCCAGCCUCUUUAUCUCUGUCAAAAUGCCAUCAAGCAAGCAGAGCAAGAUCUCGGUAUUUCCAUCGAGCUGAUCGACCUGCGCACUCUAUACCCCUGGGACAAGCAGGCCGUACUCGAGAGUGUUCGAAAGACAGGUCGGGUCAUGGUUGUUCAUGAGUCGAUGGUAAACGCAGGUAUUGGCGCUGAAGUUGCUGCGACUAUUCAAGAAGACCCGGAUACGUUUGUGCGAUUGGAGGCGCCCGUUGCUCGAGUUGCUGGAUGGAGUAUUCACCAGCCUUUGUUAUACGAGAAGUUUAACCUUCCCGAUGUUGCAAGAAUUUACGACAAUAUCAAGAGACUGUUGGAUUACUGA